CCAACCCUAGAGAUACUGUUCGCUUUGACCCGCACAAAGCAAAGCAUCACCUACUGAACUCCAAAGCUCCGAAAACCUCAUCGCCGCCAUUCCCGACCCUCAAACUCGGUAAACCACAUUCACAAUGGCCAAGUCAAAGAACUCGUCUCAGCACAACCAGUCGCGGAAGGCUCACCGCAACGGUAUUAAGAAGCCCAAGACCUCAAGGUACCCCUCGCUCAAGGGUACCGACCCCAAGUUCCGCCGUAACCACAGGCACGCGCUGCACGGAACGGCCAAGGCUAUUAAGGAGUUCAAGGAGGGCAAGCGGGAGACGGCCUGAACGGACGAUGUUUGAUCAAAUUAAGCAAUAACGACGGCAAACUGGGGGUUUCUCGGAAGGACAAAAGGCAUCGAUUCGGCGGCGUUUUGAAGGUUUCUCAACCCGCCACCCAGGCGUUUUUGACGAGCUUUUUUCUAGGGCAAAGAGACAUUCUUGCAUUUGGGCAAACAAACCUACGACACUCUAGGAUCUGUCAUGAUGGGUCGAUAGCCUGCCUUUCGGUGCAACUCGUGCGCAACAUGCACGCUGCAUGCACCUCGUUUGACGAAUAUGACGACCCGACCUUGUUCCCCUGGCCUUGCGCCUUUUUUCCUGGUGUGGUCGACCUACAAAUCUGUUAACCCAACGUGAAGGGACGUCCCUCCCUGAUUUUUUACAG